AUGAGUAGCGAGGACUUCUUCGAUGCGUGCGAAAAAUUGGGCCAGCUCUCGCUAAGUGAGCAACAGCAGCGCGAAAUCAUCCGCGUUUUGUUGCAUUGUUGCGGUAACGAGAAGACGUAUAAUCCAUACUACGCACUUGUUGGUCUACGUCUGUGCGAACAAUCCCAUUCGUAUAGAAUUACUGCUCAAUUCUCUCUAUGGGAUUUCCUCCGGGAGCUCGGGGAGGACGACGUGGGUGGCUCUGAGUUGCUCAAAUCUCAAUCGCGGGACGCAAAUCUCGCGGAGCAGACUAUCCCAAAGGAACGCAUUCGGAAUACGGCCAAACUCUACGCAUGGUGGAUUGCGCAUGGCGCAUCCAAUCUGCUCAUACUCAAGGCAAGACCUCUCAACUUUCUUCAGCUCAAAAAGCAAACACGCAGCUUCCUUGAUACCCUCUUAUACGAGGUAUUUGUCGCUUCUCAAGUCAAAACCCCCAUCAUUUCUCCUGCCCAGCUCUCUGCCGUGUGGAGACAGAAGCCCAGGGAUCGUGAGGCGUUGGAGAAGGUUGCCCUGCAGGUAUUGAAGCACGCGCAACUCACUAAAGGAUUGCUUCUGUAUCUUCCAGGGAUGGAAAAACGCAAGUUGCAUAAAGCACCACAGCCAGACGAAGCGGGCUUUGUUCAGUGGGCCACGACUGUUAUGCGCGACGCUCUAGAGACUGGAACCUCCCUUGGAGUUCAUGCAUUGGCAGGAGAAUAG